GCACAGUCACAUUGAGCUGUGUUUCAUGGUUUUCUAUAGCCUCACGAAUUACAUGGUGGUGUGUACUUUUCUUCAAGCAGCUGCACACGAACAUGCUCACAUUUUAUUUUUAUCAGAACGAAGAAGAAGACAGCGAUUUCACGAACAUGAUAUUUUUGUAGGCGACUUCAGAUUUCAUUUUUAUCAACAACAACGUUGUAGUUUAAUUCCAAUAAAAACGAUAUACGAGGAUAACGCACUUAGCUUCAUCUUGUAGGAACUGGGAAAAUCGUCUCAUUGUUCUAAAUUGCUAAGUACCACAUCUUCAGCAUUUCAAUAAGACAAAAAACAACAACUCGAAGAUGUCGGGCAUUAUGGAGUACAACGGUUCGGCCGUGGUGGCCAUGACGGGGAAGAAUUGUGUGGCCAUCGCCACGGACAAGCGACUCGGGGUUAGGCAGUUGACGACCGUCUCCUGCAACUUCCCAAAGGCGUUCGAGCUCACCGACAGGUGCUACAUGGGCCUGUCCGGCUUUGCCACCGACGUGCAGACGGUGUCGCAACUGAUGAAAUUCAAGUUGAAACUGUACCAGUUACGGGAGGAACGGACGAUGCAGACCGAGACAAUUAUGAACUUGAUCUCUACCACGAUGUACGAGAAACGGUUCGGCCCGUAUUUUGUGGAGCCGGUCGUGGCAGGCUUGGACGCGGAGAACAACCCAAAAAUUUGCAGCUACGAUUUUAUCGGGGCGCAGUCGAUCUCGUACAGAAAAUCAUGGAAUGCUUUUGAAUGAGAAUGAUCAUGUAGAAGUUCUUCUUAGCGAGGAGGCCAGGACGUAUGAUCCUCUAGGUCUAGAUUCUUGAUUUAUUCGUCACAUUAUAGCCAAAAUCCUAAAUCACCCUCAGGCACGACUUCACCUGUGCGGGGACCACUUCCGACCAGUUGAUGGGUGUGUGCGAAUCCUUCUGGAAACCCGACAUGAACCCGGACGAGUUGUUCGAAACGAUCUCCCAGUGCCUCCUGUGCGCCGUGGACCGUGACUGCCUGGCCGGUUGGGGCGGCGUGGUCCAUGUCAUCACGCCGGAGGGGGUGCGAACCCGGUCGUUGAAGGGAAGAAUGGACUAGUUUAUUUCAAUUGUGAUAGUAGACUCGAUGAGACGAGUGUGCUUGCGUGUGGUAGAAGAUAGAGUGGGUUUGUUUUUCACAGCGACGACGCGAAAUUGGUCUACCUGACCAGGUGUCUAUACGAACAUGGCGGGAACGGAAAAUUUCGAAAAAACGCAUUUUUUCUCGUCUCUAGUACCCCUAUCUCACUUUCUAGGCGCCGGCAGAAAUCGUAUGCGAUGGUGCUGCUGUCGUCGACAAGCAUUUUUUAAAGCGAAUACAAAAAAGGCAAAUUAUAGGAACGAAGCUGCAACACACGCACCCGCACGAGAUGACGGGCCAGAGCGCCAACAGAUCUUCGCGUCUGUGUCUCUUCAUUUAGAAGUAAAAAU